AUGGAUAAACUUGAUAAAAUUAUUGCACAAUUAGAUGAAUUGGAAAUUAGUCAAAAACAUAGGGAAGAAUUACUAAAACGAAAUUAAGCUACAUUUCUUCUUAGAUUGCCAAAAGUACUCAAUCAGAUUUUUUAUUCAGGUUAUUUUAAUUUAGAGAGUGUGUGGAUUUUUAGAUGAUAAUGAUCUAUAUAGAUUUACAGCAACAUGUUCUACUUUAAGGAAGGUGAUGUUUUGUCCAUUAGGAUUCAAAUUAUUAAUGUUGAGUAGAAAUGCUAAUCAUUUGGUUGGUGGACCCAAACAUUCACAAAUACAACUCAAACAUGAAAAGAUCGAUAUUAUAUCAUGUGGAAAUUUAUCAACCAAUAAUAAUAUGUUUGACACAGAGGAAGAUGCAUUAGCUUAAUUGGAGGUCUUAAAAGCUGUGAAGGAUUUCUUAACAAGUAAAUUGUAGGAUUCAUAAGCAACAAUUUAGAAAUUAUAAGAUAUGUUAGAUGAUGCAUAAGCAACACUCAAAUAUGAAAAAUCUGUUAAUUUAAAACUAUAAUCUAAGAUUAAUAUAUUGUAAAAUCAACUAUCAAUUUCUGAACUUUAGAGAUAAGAUGUUAAAGAAAAUUUGGCAGAAUUGAAUUCUAAAUAUAAUAAAAUAGUAAGAAUUUAUUGAAAUUCUCUUUAGAUUACUUAAAUGGAAUAGGAUAGAAUCAUUUUAUUAGAAGAUAAGGAGAAACUUCUUAAACAUAAGAAAGUCUUAAUUGAAGAAGUCUAUAGAUUAAGAGGUGUGGUUGCUAAAAUGGAAGAAAAUUAAAAUAAUUAUAAAGAAGCCUUGAGAUAAGUGAAAACUUUUAUGGAAAGUGUAGAAGUUAAACCUAUUUGA